AUGCAGCUCACUACCUUCCUUUCGACGGCUUCAGCCAUUAUCGCAACCGCUUCUGCAAGGAAUGCGAUAACCCUCAACCAGGAAUGCGAUUUGAGUCAACCCCGCGCUCGCAUCAUCAAUCGCUGUGACUACGAUGUUCACCUCUGGUCCGUCUUCAAGGGUGAUGGUUGCCCCGAUAGCCAAAUGGUCACGCUAAAGACCGGCGAGACCUAUGCGGAGAACUACCACAACUUCACCGACACCAAAGUUGGUGUCUCUAUCAAGCUCUCCAAGUCGACAGAAUGCAAAGGCAAAGAUAUCACCCAGCUGGAGUACUACAGGGCAUGGGAUGAUGAAAAUGAGGAUUUCCGAUUCAACUACCUCGACGUUUCUUAUGUUGACUGUGGAGGAUUGGACUGCCCAGCUAGGAAGGACGGAUACUACCUCGUCGCCGGUGACCAAGUCGGCGAAUUCAAGGCCUCUGCUACCAACACAUGGUGCCCGAUCCUCUCCUGCUCCGAUGCCGAGUCCUGCGACAAGAUGUCUUACGUUCUUCCCGAUGACGUCCAGACUAAGACUUGCCAAAUCAACGCAAACAUGGAUUUCUACAUGUGUGGCAGCGAGGCACCCACUGAAGACUACGGUUCCGCACCCAAGACCAAGCCAGAGCCCUCCAAGAAGCCAGCCGAGUCUUCUGCAGCACCAUCGUCCACUUCCAAGGAUAAUGGUUACGGAGCCGUCGUUACUCCUUCGCCCACACCCACGCCUUCGCCGUCCGGACCCGGCCUCAUCAAGACGGAGGUCGUCUACGUCACUGCAUACGUCAACGCUAAUAGGCACGAACAUGGUCGCCGUCACCAAGUUUUCCACGCAUAA